GGGAGCAGGGCUGCCCGCGGCCUCAUCACUGCAGGGCCAGGGGGUUGGGGCGAGUGGGCAGCGGCAGCCGGGCUAAAGGAGCUGCGGCAUUUGCGGGGGAGCGACCUCAAGGGACCCCCGCUGGGUGAGGGUCAGGUGGCCCCGUUGUUGAUGUGGAACAUACGAGCUCUAGGGUGGGGGGGAGUAGGCAUGUCAUGCUUGGGUGUCUCCCUCAGCAUGCACCAAACCUCCCUCUUUCCCAGGCUCUUCGUUGGCAUUUGAGACUUCUUGUGUUUCUGUCUCCUCGAGGCAGGGUCCGGGGGCAGGUGUAAAAGGCAGCCGAAAGGAUAGGGAAUGAAAUGAGAGUGAGGCUGUUGGUCCAGAAGUGACUCGCAGAAUUGGCGUGGAGUGCCUGUCAGGAAGGAGUUCUUGAGAUAAUAAGAAAUAUAGGAGGCCAGACUUCUUUAAGGCCACUCUCAUUCCAGCCCUGUUCAUGGAGGUCUGGCCUUUGGAAAUUAUUUCCUUUGUCCAUUCCAGGUUCUGAUGUCUCUCUGUGGAAAUUCAUUUGGAUGCUGAACCUAGGCUUGUGCAGAAUUUCCCAUCUUAGGGAAUUGGAAUAAGGAAUCAGGGGACUUAGGGGCUAGAACUUCCAGCCACCACUUUUUCGACCUUAGACAGUCAUUCAACUACUAGUUUGUUUUCUUACCCAUAAAAUGGGCACAAGAGCUCCUGGUUUACCUCUCUAAUAGGGUUGCAGUGAAGAUCAAGUAGGAGAAUGUGUGUGAAAAUGCUUUGAAAUCAUAAAGUGCUAUGUGAAUGCUGUUAUUUGUCAAGCAGAAAUUUUUCUAAAAUCCUUCCUAGCCCGGUCAACUAGUGAUGCUGCAAAUAGUGGCUAUAAGUCUUGUCUAAAGAAGCACAGGAUUAGUGGCUCUCAGUUCUGAACCUGGUUUUUCCCACAGUCCAAUUGCUCUGGGCCGUGGGACUAAGGGCCUGUGUGCUCAUUUUCACAGCUCGUCUAACCUUUAGCCCCUUUUGCUUUCUUCUGUUCUUAGUGACGGUAGAAAAUAGUUCAUCCCAGCCUUCUUAUAGUUCCUUUUAUUCUUGAGACUGAGGGGAAGAAGUAAGGUAGUAGUACUCAGCAUUUGGAUGGUGAGGAGCUACUGAGGAUGGAAGGGGGUGGGUGGGAAUGAUGCCUUCAAGGAAGUACCCUCAUACCAUAAUGCUUAAAAUGGCAAUGAGCCUUAGGGAGAGAACCAAGGUGGCAGUCACCUACCUAUUACUGACCUGUUAGGGACCCUUAGAGUAAGAUAUUAGAUACAUUUAUUCCUGAAAGAGAGGAGAUUGGAAAGGAAGCUUUAUAUAUCUGAAGGGUUUCUUUUUUGGAGGAUGGUGACCAGCUUACCUUUAACUCUUCUGAGAUCAAAGCCAAAGAAUGUGGGCUGAGAUUCCAGUAGGAAAGGUAGAGCUUAGAUAUCAGGAAAAACCUACCAGUGCUUGAGAGGUGUUAGAACCUGGAAUAUGGGAAGGAAGCUGACAUAUUUUGAAGGACUUUCUUGAAUCUGUCUGAAUCAGAGAGGAACAAGGUGAACAGAAGGCACUGUGGAAAAGUGGAUGGCUUCUCAGUGGGGGUGGAACAAUUGGGGAAUUUCUGGUACUUGGGAAAAGGUCUAGAACUUAUUCUCUAUAAGCUGUAAUUCUAAUACUGACUCCUACAUAUGUGCCUCUUUUUCCCUUCCACAGUUGCUGCAGAUGACCCUGAGUCUUCUGGCCUCCCCCCCCACUUCCUUCCCUCCCCUGGGUCCCCCACUCUCCAUUUCAUCUGGCUCAUCAUGAAUGGUGCCCCUUCCCCUGAGGAUGGGACUUCCCCUUCUCCUCCCCCUCUGCCACCACCACUUCCACCACCUCCUCCCCCAAGUUGGCGGGAGUUCUGUGAAUCCCAUGCUCGGGCAGCAGCCCUGGACUUUGCCCGGCGCUUCCGCCUCUACUUGGCUUCCCAUCCCCAAUAUGCAGGGCCUGGGGCUGAGGCAGCCUUCUCCCGACGUUUUGCUGAGCUCUUCUUGCAGCACUUUGAGGCAGAGGUGGCCCGGGCCUCAGGUUCCCUUUUAUCGUCUGGGCCGAUCCCCCUGAGUCCCAGUACGGAAAUCCCAUCCCGUGAUCUUUCCCUGGAGAGCUGCAGGAACAGUGGGCCUCUGACUGUGUUGGGUCCUUCUCGAUCCUCUGAAGACCUGGCUGGCCCUCUCCCUUCUUCAAUCUCUUCAUCCUCCUCAAAGCCUAAGCUGAAGAAACGUUUCUCCCUCCGCUCUGUGGGCCGAACAGUACGAGGCUCAGUCCGAGGGAUCUUGCAGUGGCGGGGAGCUGGCGAUCCCCCCUCUCCAGUGGGACGCUUGGAGACCUCUGUCUGUGGGCCACCUGUCCUGGGUGGAAACAGCAACUCCAACUCCUCUGGUGGGGGUGGUAGCACCAAUGUGGGGCCAACUAGCGGUGGGGCAUCCCCUGGGGAAAGAUGGACACACCGCUUUGAGAGGCUGAGACUAAGUAGGGGAGGGGGACCCUUAAAGGAUGGGGCAGGGACAGUGCAAAGGGAGGGGCUACUGAGCUUCAUGGGAACAGAGGAGGCAGCUGUUGGUGGAGAAGGUCGAGGGGGAGGAGGACCUGGAACCUCAUCUGGGGGUGGGGGACCACCGAGGUGGCAGAAGUGUCGCCUGCUGCUUCGGAGUGAGGGGGAAGGAGGAGGAAGUCGACUGGAGUUCUAUAUCCCACCUAAGGCAUCCCGGCCUCGGAUCAACAUCCUGUGUUCUACCAUCACAGAUGUCCGGACAACCACAGCCCUGGAGAUGCCUGACAAGGAGAACACGUUUGUGGUUAAGGUGGAGGGUUCAAUGGAAUACAUCCUGGAGACAGCUGAUGCGCUGAGUAUGAAAGCCUGGGUGUCUGAUCUACAGGAUUGCUUGAGUCCAAGUCUGAUACCCACCCUUGGCACUUCAUUCCCUACCAGGGAGAACACAGACAGCCUGGAUCUAUCCUGCCUCAACCACUCAGAGAGUCUGCCCAGCCAAGAGCUGCCCUUGGGACCUAGUGAGAGCAACGAGCACCUGUCUCAGGGGGCGUAUGGGGGCCUCUCGGAUCGUCCUUCAGCUUCUGUCUCCCCUAGCUCUGCCUCCAUUGCUGCCUCCCAUUUUGAUUCAAUGGAACUACUGCCCCCAGAGUUGCCCCCCCGAAUUCCUAUUGAAGAAGGGCCCCCAGUGGGGACAACUUACCCCCCACCAGCCCCUUACCCUCCUCCGGACACUCCAGACACCACAGGUUCGUUCCUGUUCCAGGGGGAGUCAGAUGGAGGUGAUGGGGACCAUCCCCUUUCAGAGUACCCUUGGUUCCAUGGGACCCUUUCCCGACUCAAAGCUGCCCAGCUAGUGUUGGCAGGGGGUGCUGGCAGCCAUGGUGUCUUCCUGGUACGUCAAAGCGAGACAAGGAGGGGGGAAUAUGUCCUCACAUUCAACUUCCAGGGCAAGGCCAAGCACCUUCGUCUGUCCCUGAAUGAGGAUGGUCAGUGCCGGGUGCAGCACCUCUGGUUCCAGACGGUCUUUGACAUGCUGGAGCAUUUCCGGGUCCACCCCAUUCCCUUGGAGUCUGGGGGCUCCAGCGAUGUCACCCUCGUCAGCUAUGUUGUGGCCUCCCAGAGGCUACAAGAACCGAACAUCUCCCAUGACCCAUCCCAAUCUCCUGACCCUGAUUCGAGGGCAGACUGUGCACACCCUGGGGAAGAGGAGGAGAUGGUGGAGGCAUCAGAAGCUUCAGAGGAAGAGAAGGCAGGCAGUGGAGGGACCCCAGGAGAGCUGGGCCCUGUGGCUGAGCUUGAGGGGUCCUCAGGGCUAGAGGGGCCUGGUGGGGAGGUGGGAGUGGCCCCUUUUGUGCAUUUCUUGCAGUUGCAGCCAGGGAAUGCCGGGGAGGAAGGGGUUCGCUCCAGAGCCAUCAAUAACCAGUACUCCUUCCUAUAAGGAGGAAUACCCCCACACAAUCAAUUCCCCCUUUCUCCCUGGCCCCGUGCCAGGACCCAGGACAGAUCCUCUCAGAGAGGUACAAAUGCUUCCCUUGCCCCUGUUUGUCUCGGGGGUGGGAAUAGUACAGGACAGAGGGACAGAGCCAUUAGUAACUUCCCACAUGACACACUCCAAGCUGCCCCUUUCCCUGGGCAGGGGACUUGGAACCGUUACCUCCUUUUGGGGGUGGGCCAAUUGUGCUCAGCCUCGCCCCCUGUGGGCCAUUUCUCCAGUGCCUCUCACAGCUCUCUGUGAUGUAUUGGGGAGAGGCUGUAUCAGCUACAUUAAGGAUUUUUUUUUUAAGUGAAAUGGAGAAACAAAUAAAAAGGUUUAUCUCA